UAUGAAAGUGCCUUUUAGCACUUCAGUAAGGGCUAGUGGGAAAUCUGCAGAGCACAUUGUCAAGACUGCACAGAUCUGCAACUACAAGCUAUAAUGAUGGAGGUUGGUAGCACAGCAAAGCAAAGGAGGCUGUGCUCUCUGCCACAACUGAGUUUGGUGCUGUUCUUAUCACUGAGUCUGCAACUGCCAGCUAGAGGCAGCUACCUGCUGGUGGCAGAUUUCCACACAUACAACAACUCCCUCCACUCUUUUGUAAACACAUCUGCCUCGCCAUUCACCACUCAUUGCUGUGACGGUCGCGAUGCCCCGGAUUGCACCGACCCCUGCAAUACCGUGCUCAAUUACUGUUUCAAGGAGGUCGGGGCGGUCAAUAGUUUUGCCAAUGACAGCACAGUGCUCCGUGGCUGUAUGACUGGCGGGGGAAGUCUGACUGAGCUGGUGGAGCGCACUGACAACAUUGACUUUUCCAAACCUCCUCUGAGUGUGAGUGGCGCACCGACACGGCGCUCUCUCUCCAACAGAGGACCACUUUGGCCUGGUGGAAUACAAUUCUUUGUACGGUCGGUGUCAGAUGGCGAAAUAGUGGACUAUCUCUCCACCAACGUCUACCUAAACCCCGGAGAAAACCUCACAAACCGAAUCCUGACCGGCGACCACUUUGAGGGGGAGCGUCACAUUCACUGCCAGUUUCUAUCUCACCUGCACCUUUGGCUACUAUGGGGAGAACUGCAGCCUCUACUGCUGGCCUGGGAGCAGUAGAGAGGACGGUUUCUACUCGUGCAGCAGUGAAGGGGCCAGGAUAUGCGACGAGUACUUUGGUGGCAGCGACUGCAACAUGUGUGAUAAUGGACUCGAGUAUCCCUACUGCAUACCAGAUGUGUGCCUACUCCACCACCCGUGUAUGGAGGGAAACUGUACAGGCACUGGGUUUGACAGCUACACAUGCUCCUGCAAUGACGGCUUCUACGGAGUCAACUGCAGUGAUCCUGUCCCUGAUAUGUGCAGUCUCCUAGACCCAUGUCAGGAGGGAAACUGCACCAACACCCCUCCCGAAGGCUACAGGUGCACCUGCAAUGAGGGUUUCCACGGAGUGAACUGCAGCGAGGCUGAGCCAGUUCCCGAUGUGGAUAGGGAAUUGACCUAUCUGUGGCUGAUAGUGGCAGGUGUGGCGGGUAUACUGGCCCCGGUAGUAAUCCUCUCUCCUCUCCUCCUCAUCCUCUGCUUCACUUCACUCACCUCCUGGAGAAAGAAGAACAAAGAGUAUGUCAACAACCCAUUGUAUGGAGAUGCCUCGGCCCCUGCCAGUGUAACCGGGACCUCCAGGAGCGAGACUGGUACCGACCAUUCCUUAACGGUAGAAGCGAUCCACGCACAAAGCAACGGCAGCCCAGACACACUUACUCCGCCCAGAAUGUCCUGCGAGGACGAGCCAAACUAUGACAUCAUUCCCGGGGAGUCAAGCAAUGCAGUGGGGACUCCAGUGAGUCUGGAGGUCCCCCCCAGCCUCGCUGGUACCUUCAAGAGCGACGACAACAGUAGCUACUACACUCUGAGCAUCAGCACCAACGAAUCCACC